AUGGAUAAUAGCAAGGGCCACGCCCUGCGCCAGUUCUAUGUGGCCGUGAGCUCGGCGGAGAACAAGCUGGCCACCCUGCUGGACUUGCUGCGAGCCUUCGAGGCCGCCGCGCCGCUCGCGCUCGUCGCCUGCUGCGGCUCAAGGGACAGCUUAGAUGCAGUGGUGGCGGCGGUGGCGAGCGUGCCACACUGCCGUGUGUGGGUCCUGCAUGCAGAGCUGAGCGAGCGAGAGGUGGAGGCGACAGUGAGGCACUACCGUGCAGCCUGCCAGCCGCACCCGCGGCACCAGCAGCAGCAGCAUGCGCAGCAGCCGGCGGACGGGCAGGCACCGCUACCACAGCCGCACCAGCAGCAGCAGGCAGCGGGCGGCGGCGACGGCGGCGAGCAGCAGGGGCGUCGGCGGCGGCCACUGGCGGACGGCGAGGAGGGGGAGCUUUCGCCGCGGGAGGCUGCGCGGAGGGUGGCCGCCGCCAAACCCUUUGUCGCGGUGCUGGCCGCCACGGAUGCCUGCCUGCGGGUGCUGCCAAAGGAACUGCUGCCGCUGAGCCCCACCCUGCUCAUCUCUUAUGACCUUCCCACCCGAAAGGAUGUGUACCUGCGCCGCAUCAGCCACGUGCUGGGCAGCCGCAGCAGCGCGGGCGGCCAGCGCCUGGCCGUCACCUUUGCGUGUGCGGGGCAGCUGGACGAGUUCCGCCAGGUGGAGGAGUUUUCGGAGAAGCCGAUUGAGGAGAUGCCGGUGCACGUCAGCGACAUCUUUGCCGCCCCCGCCUAA